CCGAUUCGCCGCAGUCCGUUACAAUAUCACGUCUGGACAAUAGCUCCUCGCCGGUCGCGAAUACGAUCUCCACGCUACUCGAAGAAAUCAAAAAAAAAAAGCCCGUCGUCUUUUUGCCCGAGCGCGCACGCACACGACACACCUACGACCGCCCACUCGAACACACGCGCACGCACACAAACGCGCUGUAUGCAAGACUUGAUUUGAUACUUGAAGUACUAUAUGAUAUGUAAUAUGUAUAUGCACUCACGUCUCGAUCAUACCUAAGUUAAAUUCAGGUAACGUAAAGUAACAAUAUCAAAGAUCAAACGCGCCCCUAGCAAAAUGUUGAUGCUUCUGACUGCCGUCAUAUCUUGCCUGUGCAUGAUGGAUUUGGGAACGGCGAUAUCAGUGCCAACGGGCAAGACGACACCCAUUGAGCCCGCUGUGCCCGAACCAAAAAUAAUUCCAGUGCCUGGUUCCUAUCUCGCGCCACCGGCUCCCGUACAAGAGUAUUCCGAAGAAAGGCCCGAGCCACCGCCCCUGGAUCCAUCUUAUGUGCCAAUCCCAUACAACUUCAUCGAGUAUUUGGCGCCUCAAAGUCUUCAACUGGUUCCAAUGAAAAUUAAGUUCCAAAAACCUUAUUCAAAAUAUGAAAAAUACCCACUCACAGCGAUUAAGUAUCAGAAGCUUAUCAAAAAUGAAAAUAUGAGACGGAAAUAUUAUUCACAUAUCCCACAGCAAAAUUACAUUCCAUCAAACUGAUGAGUGUUAUAAUUCUCACAUCGUCAAAAAAAAUUGCCAUGUCAUAUACAUAUAUCAUAUGUAAUUAAAAUAAAAUGUUAUACAUUUUUUUAUCUCUUAAAAA